UCAACCCAUCACAACAGAUCACAUUGGCCUUCUACUUCCUUAUCCAACUACUGCCCGUAGUGUUGGUAGCGGGGGUGUUCCGUGGACUUGAGUGUAGGCUGCAAUAUUGAGUGACUCCAAAAUGGCAGAAAUGCAAGUUCUUUCGAACAUGAAGAGAAGGAUCGAAAAGCUGGUGGGGGAGGUUAAAGAGGUGCAAAAUGAUCUGGCCAACUCUGUGAACACAAUGAACAACUUGCAGAGUCAGUUGACCGAGAACAAACUAGUGAAAGACGAGCUCGACAACUUGGAACAAGGUGCCAAGAUAUUCAAGCUUGUUGGCCCUGUUCUCAUCCCACAACAAGCAGAUGAAGCUAAAAGCACAGUGAACACCAGAAUUGAAUACAUUUCUAAGGAAGUGAAGAAUGCGAAAGAACGAGCGCAAAAGGUAGAGAAAGAACAACAACAACGACGCGUCACUCUUUUGACAGAACAACAAAAGUUCCAAGCGCUAGUGCAACAAGUCAGCGCACAGAAACAAUGA